AAUGGACUUCCGUUACUAGCUACUGCAGCUCACCUAGCUUUUAUUUUGAUAAACGACCUUAAAUGUCCCUCUGUUUAUCUGUUUCCUCUUAAGUUUCACGUCUCAAAGGAAUUUCUGUUGCCAACAUGGGCUUUCUCAUGUCUAAAUCCAUGGAUGCAAGCUUACAGAAGCAGCAAGAAUUCAUGCUGCACAAUUCAAGGCUGCAGAUGGAGCGUCAGAUCCUGAUGCAGAACCAGAUGAGGGAGAGGCAGAUGGCCAUGCAGGUCGCCUGGUCCAGAGAGUUCCUCAAGUACUUCGGCUCCUUCUUUGCGGUGGCCGCCGUGGGACUGACAGCCGGAGCCAUUAAAAGAAAAAAAGCUGGCGUGUUGGCUCCGAUUGUUCCUCUCGGCUUCAUACUUGCCUAUCAGAUGGACAGCGCCUACGGGACGCUCGUUUAUCGGAUGAGAGGCGAGGCCGAGAAUAUCAUGGCGUCUGAGCACGACCGUUUGGACCUGCCUCUGGGGACGCCGAGCUUCGAGAGCAUAGAGAAGGCCCGGCGUGCCAAGAGCGGCCUCAUCUCCCUUUUGGAGAAGUGACGCAUCGAUUGUGACACGAGUCAAGAUCCGAACCGUCCGCCCGGUGUGCGUUCACCUGUGCUAUUUUUGUUUUAUCGUAGAGAACAGCUGUCAGGUCCGAUCUGAGUUCCUCAAACGCGUUCGAGUCCGCCGUUUGCACCGAGUCUGCAUCACGGACCUUUAAAUACAUCUGUAGCCAGCUCUCAUUGUGUGAAAGCUGAUGUGCUGAUGCAGAAUAGUAAAUUCAGGUAAAUUACUGUCCGUUAUUGUGCCGUAGUGGG